AUGGUAGAUGAGCCAAGGUUGGGCAAGACACUCGAUGAGACCCAAGACGUAGAAAAGGUGCCUCUGGGCAUUGUCUCGGAAGCUGACCACAAUGGCGAAUGUGGUGCCGUCGGCAAUGGGGAGAAAGCAGAGAAAGGCUUGGGUGGCCUCUCAAUUUCUCGCCCUUCAACCAGCUCCAUAAGUCCGGACCGGGCUGAAGAAACGAAGGAACAUACUCGAUCCAAAUCUCAGUCGGCUUCGGUGCGCUCAAAGGCUGUGACCAUAAUACCGCGGUCCAGAAGAAGGGGGUUGCUUGGGCAUCUUGCUCUUAUUCCCGAAGUAACACAUCCUCCGGAAUAUAAGAGGAAAACGAAAUGGCUCAUAACAUUCAUCGUGGCAUUGGCUGCUGCGGUUGCUCCCAUGGGGAGCGCUAUUGUCUUUCCUACCCUGUCAGAGUUGUCAGCAGAGCUCCAUGCCUCAUCUACGGUCACGAAUCUUUCAGUUGCUUUAUAUAUGCUUGCCAUGUCUAUAUUCCCAUUAUGGUGGUCUUCAUUUUCCGAGACGCUGGGUAGACGAACCAUAUAUCUUGUGUCAUUUACACUAUUUACUUUAUUCGCCAUUCUUUCUGCGAUCAGCACUUCGAUUAGUAUGCUAAUUGUUAUGAGAGUCUUAUCUGGUGGUGCUGCCGCAUCGGUCCAGGCCGUUGGUGCAGGCACCAUUGCAGACAUUUGGGAAACAAAGGAGAGAGGAAAGGCGAUGGGGAUUUUCUACCUUGGACCUCUCAUGGGCCCUCUACUUGCACCCAUCAUCGGCGGAGCCCUUGGACAGCGGUUUGGCUGGCGAAGUUCGCAAUGGUUUCUUGCCGUCUAUGGCGGUUGCCUGAUUCUGGUCCUCACUUUCUGUCUCCCGGAAACGCUCCGGAGGACCUUUCCUAUCAACGAGUCCGCUUCUGCAAACCCAGAAGCUAGCGGAGACGCCGUCAUGCCAGUUGCAUCACGCAUCACAACUCGCCAGUCAGUCAAAGACCAAACUGUCACCGUCGCCCGCGUUUUAAAGCGGUGCUUUAUCGACCCGCUCGUGAUUGUUACGUAUCUGCGUUUCCCUGCUGUUGCGCUGACAGUCUAUUAUGCGUCAAUCACCUUCGGUUGCCUCUACAUCCUCAAUAUAUCACUCCAACAAACCUUCUCGUCGCAGCCAUAUGGGUUUGGUACCAUGAUUAUCGGCCUCAUGUACAUCCCUAACUCUUUAGGCUACAUCUGUGCAGCUCUCUUCAGCGGGCGCUGGUCUGAUAUCAUCAUGGCCCGUGAGGCCAAAGCUGCAGGCCGCUACGACACCGAAGGCCGGCUCAUUCUCCUCCCUGAAGACCGUAUGUGUGAGAAUGCAUACAUGGCGGCAGCAAUGUACCCGCUCGCAUUGGUUUUGUACGGCUGGAUCGCAUGCUAUGGGCAGCAUUGGAUAAUCGCUGCCGUAGCAAAUUUCUUUUUUGGCAUUGGCAGCAUGAUCAUUUUCAGCUGUGCCACGACCAUGUUGACAGAGUUCAUGUCGAAGAAGAGUAGUAGCGGGGUGGCAUUGAAUAACUUUGUGAGGAACAUAUUUAGUUGUGUGGGAGGCAUAGUGGCGAGCCCUCUCAUAGAUACCAUUGGAAACGGUUGGCUAUUCACUGGUUUGGGUGUUUGGGCACUGGGGAGCGGCUCAGUAGUAUGGGCGUUGCGUCGGUUUGGGCCCAAGUGGAGGGAUGAGAUGGUGAAGAUACAAGGGUGA